CUGCAGCAGACCCAGGCCGGCGCCUCCCUACAUGGACCUGGGACUCGGUGCUUGGUGUGUGGAGGGAGCGGACGCAGAGCGCCACAUCUGAGGAGAUAAACCCACGGUUGUCCAGCAUGGAGGGGAGGUCCAGUCUGCUGCUCUGCCUCGUCAUGGCGGCGUGUUGUCGUGGCAACGGCGCUCAGACAACAGUCUGCACCCAGGAGGCCGUGGCCGACAUGGUCUUCCUGGUGGACGGCUCGUGGAGCAUCGGCUUCGACAACUUUGAGCAGGUGCGGCGGUUUCUCUACACGCUGGUGGACAGCUUCGACGUCGGUCCUGAUCACGUCCGGGUCGGCCUGAUCCAGUACAGCUCCCAUCCUCAAACGGAGUUCCGGCUCAACUCCUUCCCGGACAAGCAGGCGAUCCUGGAGUACAUCCAGAAGGUGCCUUACCUGGGGGGCGGAACCAACACUGGAAAGGGCUUGGACUUCAUGCUGAAGAACCACUUUGUGGAGUCCGCCGGCAGCCGAGCGGGGCAGAAAGUGCCGCAGAUCGCCGUGGUCAUCACCGACGGCAAGUCCCAGGAUGAGGUGGAGCUCCACGCGGAGCAGCUGAGGAGCAGGGGCAUCGUCUUGUACGCCAUCGGCAUCAAAGAUGCAGAUGAAGACGAGCUGAAGCAGAUAGCCAACAGGCCGCACAGUCAGCACGUCCACAGCGUGUCUGACUUCAGCGCCCUGCAGGGCAUUUCUCAGAACAUCGUCCAGACGCUCUGCACCACCGUGGAGGAGGCCAAGAGGCAAAUCCAGCAGCUGUCUCAAGAAUGCGCCAACGCCAACAUGGCCGACAUCGUCUUCCUGGUGGACGGCUCCUCCAGCAUCGGCAUCCAUGACUUUCAGCAGGUUAGGUUGUUUCUGAAAAGCCUGGUCUCAGGCCUGGACGUCGGCCCGGACAAAGUCCGGAUCGGCCUGGCUCAGUUCAGCAGCGACGUCCGCACGGAGUUCCUGUUGAAGCAGCACCAGGACGCUGCAUCUCUGCUCACCGCCAUAGACACUUUCUCCUACAAGACCGGCGGCACGGAGACCGGCAAGGCCAUCGACUUCCUGAUCUCACAGCACUUCACGGAGGAGGCGGGCAGCCGAGCGGCUCAGAGAGUGCCUCAGAUCGCCGUCAUCAUCACUGACGGAGACUCCACAGACGAGGUGGAGGAGCCGGCCCAGCGCCUGCGACAGCACGGCGUCAUCGUCUUCGCCAUCGGGGUGGGAAAGGCCAACCUGGAGGAGCUGCAGCUGAUCGCUAACCAGCCUUCCCAGCUCUUCCUGUUCACCAUCGACAGCUACGAGGCGCUGCAGAGGCUGACGGCGGGUCUGCUGCAAACGAUCUGCAUCUCCAUGGAGGAUCAACGGCAAGCUUUGCAGGAGAAGUUUGCAGACAUCUUCUUCCUGCUGGACGGCGGCGUGACCUUGACUCAGUUCCAGCAGAUCAAAACUAUGCUCACCCGACUGACCAACCAGCUGGACUUCGGAGCGUCCGCCUAUCGUCUGGGCUUGGCCCAGUACGGUCGGACCGUCCGAGAGGAGUUUCGCCUCAACCAGCACCAAACCAAAAGAGAGACCCAGGAGGCGGUGAAGCGCUUUCAGCAUCUGCGGCUUCCGCCUACUGAACCGCGCAACCUAGGCGCCGCCUUGUCCUACGCCAGCACCAACUUUUUCACCGAGGAGGCGGGAAGCCGAGCAGCUCAGGGCUACAGGCAGUUCCUGGUGGUUCUGAGCGGGAAAGACUCCAGUGAUCCGGUGUUUAAGGAAUCCCGUAUAAUCAAAGCGGCAGGCGUCACCGUGGUGGGAGUGAGCCUCGGCAUGUCGAUGGAGGAGCUGCGCGUGGUUGCCACCGCGCCACAUGCUUACCCGAUCAGCUCCAUCAACGUGACUCUGCUCAGGCAGAUCUUUGAGACCGAGGAACCAGAGACCUUUCUGACUGGAGACUGCAUAGGUGCCAAACUGGCCGACAUCGUGUUCAUCGUCGACGAGUCGGGAAGCAUCGGUGUUCCAAAUUUCCAGCUGGUACGCUCCUUCCUGUACUCGAUCGUCAAAGGCCUGGAGAUCAGUCCAAACAGAGUCCAAGUGGGUAUCAUGACGUACAACCAAGUACCUACAGCACAGGUCUACCUGAACUCGUUCAAGAACAAAGACGAACUGCUGAGCUUCAUCAAGAUCCUGCCUUAUCAUGGAGGUGGCACAAACACGGGGGCUGCCCUGAACUUUUCCCGGGAGAACAUCUUCAUCGAGGAGAAAGGAAGCAGGAAGGAUAAGGGAGUGAUGCAGCUGGCAGUGGUGAUCACAGACGGAGAGUCUCAAGACAAUGUGAGCCAAGCAGCGGCUGAUCUCCGUCGUCACGGAGUCACGGUCUACUCCGUAGGAGUCCAAAAUGCCAACGAGGACGAGCUGACGCAGAUGGCUAGCUAUCCUCCACACAGACACGUGUUCAUUGUGGACAGCUUCACUAAACUGAAACCACUGGAGCAGAGCCUGCAGAGAACCCUCUGCUACGACAUCCUCCACCAGGCGGUCUCAGUCAGUCUGAGAAGAACCGGCAUCAAAGAAGGCUGCGUUCAAACAGAUGAAGCAGACAUCUUCUUCCUCGUCGACCACUCAGGAAGUAUUUAUCCGGCAGACUUCAGUGACAUGAAGGCGUUCAUCCUUGAGUUUAUUGACACUUUCCGCAUUGGGCCUCAACACGUCCGCGUGGGGGUUGUAAAAUAUGCCGAUUCACCAACUCUGGAGUUCGAUCUGAUGACGCACCAGGAUCAGACGGCGCUGAAGACCGCAGUGGAGGAGAUUCAACAGGUGGGAGGCGGCACAGAGACCGGGAAAGCCCUGAAGUACAUGAGUCCGCUGUUCAAGGACGCAGAGACGAGCCGCGGGCACAAAGUUCCCGAGUACCUGGUGGUCAUCACUGAUGGGAAGUCAACAGAUGAGGUAAAGGCUCCUGCAGAGGCUCUGCGGGCACAGGGGGUGACGAUCUACUCCAUCGGGAUCAAGAGUGCCGAUGUGGAGGAGCUGAAGGAGAUUUCUGGCGACCCUAAAAAGAUGUUCUUCGUUAACAAUUUUGACGCUCUGAAUCCAAUCAAGGACGACAUCAUCACUGACAUCUGUACUACAGAAGUUUGCAAAGACGUACCAGGCGACCUGCUGUUCCUCAUCGACAGCUCUGGAAGCAUUUACUCAAAGGACUACAGCAAAAUGAAGGACUUCAUGAAAUCUAUCGUCGGCUCGUCUUUCGUUGGCAAGAACGAGGUUCACAUCGGAGUCAUGCAGUUUGCCGAUAUCCAGAAGCCACAGUUUUCCCUCAAUGAGUACUUCACCAAAGAUGAAAUGAUAGCUGCCAUCGAUGGCAUGGAGCAGAUCGGUGGGGGAACGCUCACCGGCAGAGCCAUCUCAGAGGUGUCUCAGUACUUCCAUCCAGCCAACGGAGGACGGCCCAGCCUGGCCCAGAGGCUUGUUGUGAUCACUGACGGAGAGGCCCAAGACAACGUCAAAGCCCCCGCAGAGGAACUGAGGGCCAAGGGGGUUCUGGUCUACGCCAUCGGAGUGGUGGACGCCAACACCACCCAGCUGCUGGAGAUCAGUGGGUCUGCAGACAGGAUGUACACUGCGAGGGACUUUGAUGCUCUGCAGGAUCUGGAGAGACAGUUGUCCUUGGAGCUGUGUGAUCCAGAGAGAGACUGUAAGAAGACCGAACAAGCAGACAUCAUUUUCCUGGUGGACGGCUCCACCAGCAUCACCUUGGCCAAGUUCAGAAGCAUGCAGAAGUUCAUGCAGUCCAUGGUGAACCAGACCACGGUUGGCAGAAACCUGACUCGCUUUGGAGUCAUCCUCUACUCCACCUACCCCAACUCUGUCUUCACUCUGGGUCAGCACAGCACCAGACAGGAUGUUUUUAAAGCCAUCGCUGACCUGAAGUCCCCGUACGGAGACACCUACACAGGACGGGCUCUGCAGUAUACGUUACAGUACUUCGGCGCUGAGCAUGGAGGUCGGGCGGAGUUCCAGGUGCCUCAGAUCCUCAUGGUGAUCACAGACGGAGACGCGACUGACCGCUAUAGCCUGACUGAGCCAUCGGUGGCGCUGAGGAACAAAGGAGUCCAGGUGUUUAGUAUCGGAGUGGAGGGAGCCAACGUGACCCAGCUGGAGAUCAUGGCUGGUGAUAAGUCCAAAGUUUUCUACGUGGACAACUUUGAGGCCCUGGAAACGCUCUACAAGAACAUCUCCAGUGUGCUCUGUGAAUCCACCAAGCCAGCUUGUGAGAAACAGGAGGCGGACCUGGUUUUCCUCGUUGACCAGUCUGGCAGCAUCAAUACCAAUGACUACUCCAUCAUGAAGAACUUCACCAUUGAACUGGUGAAGAGCUUUCAAGUCAGCAAGGACUUGGUCCGCGUUGGCCUUGCCCAGUUCAGCAGCAGUUUCAAGAACGAGUUUUAUCUUAACCGGUUCCACCAGGAGAAAGACAUAUCCAGCCACAUCUCCAGCAUGAUCCAGGAGGGCGGAGGCACCAACAUCGGGGCAGCUCUGGAGUCCAUAAAGGAAUACUUUGAGGCUUCUCGCGGCAGCCGCAGGUCCUCAGGAAUCUCGCAGAAUCUGGUGCUGAUCACAGAUGGAGAUUCCCAGGAUGACGUGGAGGACCCAGCUGAUGCUCUCAGAGCUUUGGGAAUUGAGAUAUUUGCCAUCGGCAUCGGUGACGUCCAUAAGUUGGAGCUGCUGCAGAUCACUAAAGAUCCCAGGAAGCUGUUCACCGUGGAGAACUUUGGCAGCCUGGAUGCAAUCAAGAAGAAGGUAGUGGACACCAUCUGCAAGUCCAAACCCCCCUCAGAGGAAAGUGACUGCUCCAUCGACAUCACCUUAGGGUUUGAUGUCUCUCGGAGCGUUGAGAAUUUAUCCAGCAGCCAAAACAAGCUCCAGGUCUUCCUGCCAGAGAUCGCCCGCUACCUCUCCUCUGUGCCACGUCUGUGUUGCACCAAGUCCCCGGUCACGACCAACUUGGCCUACCGACUGUUGGGCAAGGACGGGCAGACCUUGUACGACUUCAACUUUGAGGGCUACAACGAGGACGUGGUGACGAAGGUCAUGACUUCUAGUCUGCGGGAGCCGUCUUUCUUCAACACGGCUAUGCUGAGAUCCUUUGAAGAGAAGUUCAGGACUCAGUCCAGAGCCGGUGUGAAGGUGCUGGUGAUCUUCUCAGAUGGACUGGAUGAAGGCGUGAUGACUCUGGAGAACGAAUCUGAGAAGCUGCGGCAGUCUGGCAUCAGCGCUCUGCUCAUCGUUGCCCUGGAGGGCGCCCGUAACGCCGCUCAGCUGCAGAUGGUGGAGUUCGGCCGAGGGUUUGGCUACAAGCUUCCUCUGAGCAUCGGCAUGCCGAGCGUCGGCAGCACCAUCCUCAAGCAGAUCGACUCGGUGUCGGACAGAGAGUGCUGCAACGUCAUGUGCAAAUGUUCGGGACCAGAAGGAGACCGAGGCUCCCGGGGGCCCCCAGGGCUAAAGGGCGUUCGGGGACAGAAGGGACACCCAGGCUUCCCAGGAGAGGAAGGUGUCGCUGGUGAAAGAGGCCCACCUGGACCCAGCGGACCUGCAGGGGUCCAAGGCUGUCCUGGACUCAGAGGACAGAAGGGCGGCCGAGGCCUCCGGGGAAACAGGGGUGAAGACGGAGAGGAUGGACUGAACGGAGUGGAUGGAGAACAGGGACAACCAGGAAAGGAUGGAGCGCGAGGAGAAAGAGGAAGUCCAGGAAACCCGGGUAUCCCGGGAACCAGAGGGGAGCUGGGCCUGGAAGGACAGCGAGGACUGAGAGGAGAUCCGGGGGAACCAGGCACUGACAACACGUCCCCGGGGCCCAAAGGAGAGGCCGGGUACCCAGGCUUACCGGGGCCUCCCGGACUGGACGGACCACAAGGAGAGACCGGCGGCGCUGGAAACCCGGGUCAGCCUGGAAGACAAGGAGCUCCAGGUGAAAAGGGCUCAGCUGGACCUCCUGGUUCUCCAGGACUACAAGGCGUCCAAGGAGCUUCAGGUCCUCAGGGUCCCAGAGGGACCGCAGGUCCACCAGGACCCAGAGGAGGCCCGGGUCUUCCAGGACCGCAGGGUUCUCCAGGAGUUCUGGGAGAAGCAGGAGCAGCCGGUCGGCGGGGAGCGAUGGGACAGAAGGGCCAACCAGGAGAACCAGGAGGUCCAGGAGCUCCAGGACCACAGGGACACGGAGGACCGCCGGGUCAGGAUGGCAGAGACGGUAUUGGACCUCCAGGACCUCGAGGUGCAAAGGGAAACCCUGGAUUCCCCGGCUAUCCGGGUCUGACGGGGGAAGACGGGCUGCAGGGACCUGCAGGAGAACCCGGACGCAAAGGGAACCGAGGGCGAGCGGGGAACUCAGGCCUGGCUGGAGAAUCCGGAGCGCCCGGAGAACCGGGAUACCCAGGACACAAGGGUCCCAGAGGUUCGCCUGGAUUCAGAUCUAUGACUGAGUGUCAGCUGGUCGCCUACGUCAGAGACAACUGUGCUUGUUCCUUGGGUCACUCGGCGUGUCCAGCCUAUCCCACGGAGCUGGUCUUUGGUCUGGACAUGUCUGACGGCGUGACGCCGGCCGGCUUCGAGCGGCAGCGCUCCGCCCUCCUGUCUCUGCUGGAGGACAUCAGCGUCGCAGAGAGCAACUGUCCCAGAGGCGCCCGCGUGGCGGUGGUGGGAUUCAGCGCCCACCCCAAAUACCUGAUCCGCUUCCAGGACUACCGGCAGAAGGCCCAGCUGAAGGAGGCGGUGCAGAACAUCGCCUUGGAGAGGACGUCCAACAAGCCGCACCUGGGCGCCUCCAUGCGCUUCGUUGGUCACAACGUCUUCAAGCGUGUGCGGUCUGGAACAAUGCUGAGGAAGGUUGCUGUUUUCUUUACCGCCGGCCGUUCAGAGGACGUUAGCGACAUUGUGACCGCUGUAAUGGAAUACCGAGCCCUGAACAUCAUCCCAGCCGUUAUUUCAUUAGCCAGAGCUCCUGAGAUCCGUGGUGCCGUGGAGGUUGAUGACUCCGGUAACUCCAUCUUCACGCUGCUGACGAGGAAGGAGAACCUGGCUACUGACCUGAGGAAGAUCAAGAACUGUGCAAUCUGUUACGACCCCUGCAGGCCUUCAGAGGAGUGCUCCUUCAUCCGGGACCCGGCGCCGCCGCAGCAGGCGGACCUGGACCUGGUGAUGGUUCUGGACGGCUCCAGGGAGAUGCGGGCGGAUGAAUACGCCGGCGCCAAGCAGCUGCUGGGUUCUGUGGUGGAGCAGCUGGCCGUAAGCCCUCAGCCCCGCAGACCUGGAAGCCAGGCCCGAGUGGCCGUGGUCCAGCAGAGCGAAGCUCAGGCCGCUAAGGUGGAGUUCAACCUGCAGGCCUACCAGAACCAGGACCAGAUGAAGAACCACCUGCUGGACAGGACGCGGCAGCAGAGCGGCUCCUCGCUUCUGGGACGAACGCUGGACUACGCCCUGCAGGAGGUGCUGCUGAAGGCCGGCCAGCCGCGCAGCAGGAGGGCUCUGCUGACCGUGGUGGCCACCCAGACGGCCUACGGCGACCGGGCCAAGCUGCGCUACGUGGCCCUGAAGGCCAGGUGUGAAGGCGUGGCCGUGUUCGUGGUGGCGGUGGGCGAUCGCUACAAUCAGACGCAGGUGGAGGAGCUGGCCGGUCUACCUGUCCAUCAGCACCUGAUCCACGUCCGCCAGCUGAAGGCCGAGGAGCAGGGCUACGUUCAGCGCUUCUUCAGAGUCUUCCUCUCCGUCCUCAACAAGGGAAUAAACUCGUAUCCUCCCGCUGACCUGAAGGAGAGCUGUGCAGGGCUGGUUGGUCAGGAACAAGGACAGAUCUCCUUCACAGAGGUGCUGGCUGAUGGCGGGCAGACCUAUGUGGAGGAGUUUCUGGAGCAGACAGGUGGUCAGACUCAGACCGACCUGCUGGACAUCAUCCAGAGUCCGGCCAGAGGAGACGUUCGGACGUCGGCGCUGGGAACGGAUGUGAACGGUAGCCGACACUCAGUCCAGUCCAAACAGCUUCAUUCAGACACGGGGAGGUGUGGUUCUUUGACAAAACCAUGGCUGCAUGCUCCCCGUUCUGGUACGGCGGCUGUGGCGGCAACGCCAACCGCUUUAGCACGGAGCGCGAGUGUUUCCAGGCGUGUGGCGUCCAGACUGUUUUGUCUCACAGAUCCCAACGCGAGGCUGCAGAUGGAGAUCCCGGUCUCCUCUGAAGACCCCUGCCUCCUCCCCCAGGACCCGGGCCGCUGCGUGGACUACACCGUCAUGUGGUUCUUUGACAUGGUCCAGAGAGAGUGCGCACGCUUCUGGUACGGCAGCUGCGGGGGGAACGCCAACCGCUUCAGGACCAAGGAGGAGUGCGAGAAGAUGUGUGUGAGGCAGACAUGAUGAGGAGGAUGAAGGUGACGGCUGGAGCGGAGGCCGCAGGACUUCACGGCACCAGCAGGAGGCGUCUUCUUCUUCUUCAACACGGACUAUGGAGCCCCUGAAGGGUCACACUGAGGAGGUCUUCUCCAGGGUUUCCAACAAAAGUUCCCUCUGAUCUGUUCAAAGAACCCGUUUUGUCUGUGAAGACCUUUGUUCACCAGAUCUGCAUUCAUCUGUUGGUCCUUCACACCCAGAUCAUCAUUACAUUCCCAACGUUCUCAGGCAGCGAGGACUCUGCAGCGGUACGGAGCAUUUCAGAGCUGCUAGACGAGCCCAGAGUGUCCGGCUGGAUCUCAGGAGGUCUGAGGUCCAGCCUUCAGAAGCAGGAGGAGCUUCCUGAGAACAUCAGCCCUUCAUCUGGGAUGCAGAAGCACCAUCUCCAAAAAGCAGAGCAUCAUCAAAGACCAAACUGAGCAUGAAGACAGAGGUGGUGAGCAAAGGUCCUGUAGAGAAGGUCUGGGUCCAGAGUCCAGAUCCUGUUCAGCUUCAGCAGAACUUUCCCAUCAUUCUGGACUCUGACUGGACCAGAGAAAUGUUCUGCUGUCAGGUUCUCCUGCAGCUUCCAUUCAGCUGGACUCAGAACCUACAAUCGGAUCUUUGCUGCGACCGGGCGGUUCUGUAAAGGUUCUGGGAACUUUGGUUGGAAAAUGCUCCUCGGUUUGGAAACGGCAAACUCGGUGUGACCCUUCAGGGCCGCCGUAGGACUCCUGUAGGCCCGUCACCAGACUGAGCAGGUGCUACUUUAAUGGACCCGAGGAUCAUCUGGUCACAUUUUAAUGUUUAGAGGGAAUCAAAGGUCCGUUUUCUUCUUCAUGGAUCAUUAAGGUGGUUGAGGGAGAACAACAGCGCCCCCUUCAGUCCCGUCCCUGACAGCACUGGUGUGAAAGCAGUGCUGUCAGGGACGGAGAUCUCUGACCUUCUCUAGAUGGUCCAGAGUUCUGGUUCCUCCCUGGUUCUGCCCUCAGCCCAGCCUGCAGGGUUUCUGCAGCGUUUAGCUCUGAUGGAAGGAGGCCGAUUGGGUUUCUGUGUCGAUGCAGCCAUAAUUAUUCUGCAGGUUUCAUUUUAAAGCUCCUGCUGUUUCAUAAAGUCAUGCAGCAAUGGUCCCAAGGCCCGGAGAAGACAACAGCUCUGAGCUUCCCGUUGCACGGACUCAGGCAGCAGGCCUGGGUUUAUAGCUCCCAGCCUGAUCACCGUGUCCUAAAACCUGUCGCCCAGUGAAAUAAUGUCCAAACAUUCUGGCUGGUUCUGAUACCAGAACCAGAACCUGAACAUGUGUAAUGUACUGCUGCAGAAACUGAAUAAAACCAUUAGAACGGG